CAGGGCGCGACGUUUGCUCUCCAUGUCCACCCGUUCCGCGCGCGGGAUGGGACCGGGGGUGUUGUGACACGAUGUCCGUGGUUGUCACUUGUCAUGAAGCUAAGGUAUGAGAGAACGACUUAAUAAUCGACGCCAACGCGACGUUUGGCGGGGGAGGAGGAGGGGAGGGGGGUCGUUUGGGAACUUCAUACUUGGCAUAAAUACACCAGGUUCUCUCACUCACUCUCUCUUACCUUUCUGGUUUCUCUGUUUGGAAAUCACAACUUUUGCACUUCAUACACCUGUUUGACGAGAAGUGCCGACGAGUGGUCCCGUUGCGAUCCACCUGACUCGACCCAGUUCAACCAGCUCACCUCAUCCUCGGAACGCCAACUCAUCCUCGCAACGUCUUACAAAACGACAACGUUCUUACUAUACAACUUUGAUUCUUCCAAGAACCGAGAAAACCGCGCCCGUUUCCAUAGCUUCAGAAAAGUCACACGGCAAAGAUGAAGUCCUCCGUCUCGGUCCUCUACCCAAACGAGUCCGUCUCGCGCAACGUGACGACGUAUUCCGAGUCCCGCUCCACCGACCUGCCCGCGCACAUUGUCGCCUACCACGACCACAUUGACAAGACGCAGCCCGAGACGUCCAUGUUGAUGAUUAGCAAUUUUCAGGCGCAGAACCACAUUUGGAUUGCGAAGCUCAUUGGGGCCAAGAGAAUUCUAGAAAUUGGCGUCUACGUAGGCUACUCCGGCAUGGUCUGGUCCCACGCCGUAGGCCCAGAAGGCACCGUCACCGGCCUCGAGUUCAGCGCAGACUACGCAAAGCAAGCCGAGGAGGCCUGGGCCGCCAACGGCAUCAAGAACGCGUCCGUCAUCGUCGGCGACGCUCUAGAGACCCUACCGACCCUGAAACCUUCAGAACCCUACGACCUAAUCUUCAUCGACGCCCAAAAGUCGGGAUAUCCAUCUUACCUGUCCACCAUCCUCGCCUCAUCGCAGAAAGACGGCAAGAACCGCCUCCUCCGUGCGGGCGGCCUCAUCGUCGCAGAUAAUGUCCUCCGCCGCGGCAUCGUCGCCGACGAUUCGGACGAGAACCCGUGGGUGCAGCGUGAGAAGGGCGAGCGCGCGGCGUACUGGAAGUCCGAGGACGUGGACAAGCUGCGCGAGUUCAACAGCGCCGUGCACGACGAGCCGAGGCUGGAUUCGUGGUUGAUGCCGUUGUAUGAUGGUGUUCACCUUGCUAGGUUAGUUGAUUAGGUUUGAUGCGAGAUGUUGCGAAGACAUAAACCGGGGAUGAAGGAGAUUGGAAGCGGGCAAUGGUGUUGCGGAGCUUAGAGUAGAUGUGUAGAAAUGAA